UGCUUUAGAAAAUUCAAGUUUAUGAAAGCGAUCAUGUGAUAAACGAAGCCACCUUCAACAACAUUUGUCACUCGCGGUUAUAAAACAGGGUAACUAACGUGUCCCUUCGCGACGCUCGGGUGACCUUUGCUCAGUUUAGCAACUUGUUGAUAGUUUAAGACUGAGACUAGAGUGCUUUACAGCUGUGUCACAAAAUGGAGAUAACAUUUAGUGGAAAACGAGCUUUAGUGACUGGAGCUGGCAAAGGGAUCGGGCGGGCCACUUCUCUAGCUCUGGCACGCUGUGGGGCAGAGGUCACGGCUGUCACACGCACCAAGGUUGACCUGGAUAGCCUAGUGGAGGAGUGUCCCUCCAUCAAGCCGGUAUGCGUGGACCUGUCGGACUGGGAAGCCACAGAGCAGGCACUGAAAGACGUCGGUCCGGUGGAUCUGCUGGUGAACAAUGCAGCUUGCGCUAAACUUCAGCCCUUUCUGGAGGUCACGCCAGAUCAGUUUGACAUGUCUUUUAAUGUCAAUGUUAAAGCUGCAUUACAUGUUGCACAGAUUGUGGCUAAAGGUAUGAAGUCCAGAGGAAGUGGAGGCUCCAUAGUCAAUGUUUCUAGCCAGGCUUCACAAUGUGCCGUGCAAGAUCAUGCUGUAUACUGUGCCACAAAAGGAGCAUUAGACAUGCUGACCAAAGUGAUGGCGCUUGAGUUGGGGCCACAUCAGAUAAGGGUAAAUUCGGUGAAUCCAACUGUGGUAAUGACCGAUAUGGGUAAGGUUGGGUGGAGUGACCCAGCAAAGGCCAAGAGAAUGACAUCACGUAUCCCACUAGGAAAAUUUGCAGAAGUGGAAGAUGUGGUCAAUUCCAUUCUCUUUCUGUUGAGCGAUAAAAGUGCCAUGACCAACGGCGUCAUCCUGCCUGUGGAUGGGGGUUUCCUGGCUUGCUAAAGGAGACUCUUACUUCUAAUGAUUUUUAAAGUCAGGCAGAGUCAUGGGGACAUAAAUGACGUGACACUGAAAGUGUGCGUUUACAAUAUGAAUGUCACAUCUCUACAUAGUGUGUCUUCUGUAUGUAACUAAUGGAGACAUUAAACUGAAAUAAACCAUUUAACAG